AUGGCUGCAGUUUCAUGGAAGGCUAUUGAGAAUAAUGAAAAUCUCGAAGUCUAUUGUUUAAUUUGGCUAGAUGUCUCUGUGAAUAGCUCUCGAGAAAAUAUUCAAGCUCAACAGCGAUUACUAAAGGUAAUCAAUCAUGUAUUAACAUUUGAUGAUGAUCAACAAUGUCUUCAUUAUAUUAAAAAUCUCUCGGAAGAUGAUCGAAUUAUUCUAGUUGUUAGUGGGAAAUUUGGCCGAAGUAUUGUACCUAAAAUAGCUAAUAUGCAACAGAUCAGUUCAAUUUAUGUUUAUUGUUUUGAUAAAAAAGGGAAUGAACAGUGGUCACAGCAUUUUCCAAAAGUGAAAGGUGUAGUAAAUCAAUUGAAUGAACUUUUUCUACUCGUCGAAGAAGAUUAUUCUUUACAGCAACUUGAUAAAAUCGACGAGCAAUUGUCCAUUAAAGUUUUUGAUGAUAGACAAAUAUCAAGUGAUUCUGCCUAUGAACAAUUUCUUCAUUCACAGUUAUUGAUCGAUUGUCUUAUUCGAAUGUCAUCAUCAUCGAACAGUAAAAAUGAACUUAUUGAUUUUUGUAAACAAUAUUACAGAAAGAACUAUACUGAUAUAAUGAAUAUUAAAGAAUUCGAAAAUAAUUAUUCUUCAGAAAAGGCAUUAUGGUGGUAUACCAAACAUUCGUUUCUUUCUCGACUGCUGAACAAGGCAUUGCGUGAUCAAAAUAUUAAUCUGUUGUUUUUAUUUCGAUUUUUCAUUCGUGAUAUUGGUUGUCAAUUGGGCAAAGAUAAAUGCUCGUCAACAAUUCGUGCUUAUCGAAGUCAAUUAAUGUCGAGAGAAAAAUUAGAAAUAUUACAAAGCUCAGUUGGAAAAUUUAUUUCAAUAAACUCAUUUCUAUCGGCAAAUAUCGAUCAAGGAAAAACUCGAUCAUCGCUUCAUUUGCAUAGUUCUUCACCAGAGAUGGAAAAAGUUUUCUUUGUAAUUGAAGCCAGUUCAAACUUGUGCAAUGUGAGACCGUUUAAUAAUAUUGAACCUCAUAGUUAUUUUCCAAAGACAAACCAAAUACUUUUCAUGGUUGGAUCAAUAUUUCGUAUCGAUAGAAUUGAGUAUCCUCAGGAUAAAAUUUUGAAUAUUCGAAUAAGUUUAUGUUCAAUAAAUGAUCAAGAUUUAAAACCGUUCUCUGAACAUAUGCAUAAUGCAUUGUAUAUUGGACAAACAAGUCUUAUGCAAUUUAGUAAUAUUCUUCGUCGGAUGAACAAAUUUGACGAGGCCGAAAAAUAUUACCGUCGUUAUCUUAAUCAACUACCUAUUGGUCAUCCUGAUAUUGCUAAUUGUUAUCAUGCAUUCGGCAAGAUAGCAGAAUCGAGAAAGAAUUUUCCAUCCAGUCUAAAGUGGUUUAAGAAAUCACUGGAAAUAUAUUCACAAAUAUCAAAACCAGAUGAUACUUUUACUGCUGAGGUGUAUAAUGACAUUGCUACGAUUUAUUUGAAAACAAAUGAUUACACGAAGGCAAUAAAAUUGUAUCAGAAUGCGUUGGAUAUUUGGAAGACAUCUGACGAUAAUAAUCGUCCUCGUAUAGUACUAUGUUUAAACAACAUCGGUUUUGUCUAUCAAAUGAAGAAAAAAUAUUCAGAAGCACUCGAAUAUUAUCAACAAGCAUUAAAAAUUUCAAAGAAAAUUCAUCAUGAAAAGCAUCCUGAUAUUGCCAUGGCUUAUCGAAACAGAGCUCAAAUUUAUGAAUUAAUUGGUGAAUACCAACAAGCACUAGCUUCGUAUGAAAAAGCGAUAAAAAUCUAUCGUUACUCGUUACCUGCAACUCAAAUUCAUGUCAAUGAAAUUGAGAAAAGUAUACGACAAGUUUCAUCUAAAUUAAAAUAG